ACAAAAAUGGUUUUGAACACUUGACGAAUUUGUCAGUGUCAUACUAUGAUGGUUUGGAAUUCCUUAUCAACAAACCAGAUGAGGUGGUUUUGCAGAGAGCCUUCCCUUUCCCUGUGUUAGAGAAUAUGCGUCUUUUUGGACUAAAUAAUUUCAAAGGGAUUAUUUGUCAAGGCCAGCUACAAAAUUUUUUGCCUGAACUGACACAUUUGUGGAUGGGUCCCCCUCCACUUAAAUGGCUUGGCAGCUUGAGAUUUGUAGAUUUGUUUAGUUGUGAUAAACUGGAAAGUGUGUUCUCACUUUCUAUGGCCAAAAAUCUUAUGCAACUGGAGAAAAUUGAGAUAUCUGAAUGUUGUAUGAUGGAAGUAAUUGUUUCGAAUGAAGGAGGAGACCAUGAGAUAGCAGUGGCAACAACAGAUAAAGUCGAGUUUCCUAAACUAAAAAGUAUGGCUCUUGGCAAACUGCCAAGUUUUACAGCAUUCAGCAAAGCCAUGAAUGCAAUUGAACUACCACAAUUGGAGUGUUUGGAUCUCAUGGAAAUACCAAAGCUCAAUAGUCUCUGCCCUUCUUCCACUUCUGCUUCUGCUUUUGCCUACAUUCAGUCGCUCUUUGACAACAAGGUUAAAUUGACUUCCCUUGAGAAGUUGUCUGUCACUGCAAUGGAUAGUCUGAUUGAGAUAUGGCCUGACGAACUUCAAGCUAAACUAAGAGAGAUGAGAGUUAAAUUGUGUCAUGGGUUUUCGAAUAUUCUUUUUCCAUCCAAUUUGAUUAAGGGCAUGCAAAGUCUUGAACUACUUGAAGUGAAACAGUGUCGAUCUGUGAAAGUAUUAUUUGACCUUGAAGGACUAAUUCCUAGGGAAGGCCAUCCAGAUAUACUAUUGCAUUCAUUAACAAAUGUGAACCUACAACGUCUACCAAAGUUGACACAUGUUUGGAAAGACAAUUCACCAGGAAUUCAAGGUUUACAAAACCUAACAUCCCUAAUAAUUAAAGGUUGUGGCAGUUUGAGAUAUAUAUUCUCAGCUUGUCUAGCCAAACUUCUGGGGAAACUACAAGAAAUAGAGGUAAUUGAAUGUGGUGUGAUGGAAGCGAUCAUUGAUAAGGAACCAAAAGUAGGUUAUGAUGUCACAACAAAUAUUUGCAUAUUCCCUCAACUAAGGAGUCUCAAACUCUGUGAUCUGCCAAACCUUAGGAGUUUGUGCCUUCAGACUUGCACGUUUGAAGGAACAUUGUUGAAGAUCGUGAAAGUAAUCAAUUGUCCCAACUUGAAGGCACUCCCUUCAGCAUUCCAAUGCCUGCAAGAGUUACGGAGGAGCAAUGUUCAAAAAGAGGAAUUUUUUAACUCAGCUCAACACCAUUUCUUGGAUAGAAAGUUUAGUUUAAGCAGCAAGGGGGAACUUACUGUCACAGGAAUAGAUGAGCCAACUGAGAUAUGGCACAAUCAACUUGGAGUCGGAUGCCUUCACAACGUAAGAGUUAUGUGGGUCCAGUGCUGCAGGACAUUAUUAAGUAUUGUUUCAUCUAAUUUAAUACAAAGAUUACACCAAGUUGAAGAACUAAAGGUAUGGUGGUGUGAUUCCUUGGAAAUGAUAUUUGACCUCAAAGAGGAGGUAUGUGUUGGUGUUGGAGUUGGUGUUGGUGUUGGUGCUGGUGAAAAAGGAACAUCAAUCACUCAGUUAAGCAAGUUGGAAUUGAAGUAUUUGCCCAAGCUGACGCAUAUAUGGAAGUGUUUUCCCCAACAAACUCAUUGUUUCAGAAAUCUAAGUUAUCUAAAAGUGAAGAAUUGUGACAACUUGAGAUAUAUAUUCACAAUUUCCAUGGCCAAAGUCCUUGUGAAUCUAAAAGACCUAAUAAUUGGACAUUGUGAGAAGGUAGAAAAGAUUGUCACCAGGGAAAACGAUGAAGAAGAAAUCCAUUUGUUCCAAUUUCGCCAUGUCCAACUUCAUGAUCUUCCAAGUCUUGUGUGUUUUGGCCCUGACAUAAACGAUGCUCGAAUUCCAGCCAAACAAUUAACAUAUGGUUCUGUCCCAAAUUUCCAGAUAGCCUAUCGCAAUGGGGAUCGCAAUCGCAAUAGGGAUGGCAACGGAGUUAGAGAUGACCAAUGAUAAUGAUAAUGACAAUGACGAUGACUAUUAGCGAUGCUGUUUAGAUUGCCAACUCUUCAAAGAAAAGGUACCUUGUUAGAGCAUCUUGAUGCUAUUCACCACAUUUUGUGGUAUCUGACGACUUCUCUUGGAUUGGGACUAUUCUUCACAACUGGUUCUCAAUUCGGGCUCUUCUAUUUUAUCGAUGCUAACUUUGCAAGAUGUAGAACUGAUCGGUGUUCCACGUCUAGUUUCUGUACUUUCUAUGGUGAUCAUCUUAUAUCAUGGAAAAGCAAGAAACAGGUGAUUGUUUCUAGAUCUUCUGCAAAGGUUGAGUAUCGGACAAUGACACAAGGUACAUGUGAGAUUCUAUGGCUUCGGUCUAUUUAUACCAAGACUUUAUUUUGUUCUUCAUCCUUAUCUCAAAUCUAUUUGGUUGUAAUUAAUGUUUGAAAUAACAUAAGCAAGACGGCUAUGGCUGUUCACUUGAAUUUCUCUCUCUCACACACCCAUAUAUUUGGGGUUGAACUUGGCAUGUGCAUAUGCAAUUUUAUGAUGGAGAUUCAAAAUGUUGUCGGAAUAAUUGAAAAGGACAUGGUUACGAUUCAAUGAAUAAUUGUAAAGGACAUGGUUAUGAUUCAAUUAAAUUAGAAUAAGGAAAAGAAAAGGGUACUGACUGAGUAAACAACCUAAACAAACAAAUAUAUAUAUUUUUUUCUUAAAUCAAUUUUUACUAUUUUGAGAUCAUGGUCUGUGUUGACAUAUUCAAAUAUUUUGUUCCCAAAUAAUGGGAGAAUUUAAAAGUUAUUCUUAUUUUGGUUUUGUUUUCUGAUGUCACUUCAAAAAUAAUAUCAGAAAUGUACAAGUAUGCUAAACAGUCUACUAUACUAUACCACUGGUAAUGAGAAUCCUUCUUGUAUGUUGUUUUUUCUAUAGCUCACUAUUAUGUGGGGACUCAUGAUGAGUUCCAAUGCAGUGGUAUGCCAACUGAUCAGGUGUUUUUAAUUUGUGUAAUGUAAGCUUUGAGAAUGGUAAAUGUGGUGAUUUUGGGUGUUUAUUUAAGGUUUUGUUUUAAGGUAAAUGUUUUUUGAAGUUUCAAAUUUCUCUUUUGCAAUAACUAGUAGUAGCUAGAUGAUCUCUGAUUUGGAAAUUAUCAACUCCAUCUUCUGUAUAUA